AUGGCAGAUGAUCCUUUUGUUCCUAUGGAUACUACAGAUUGGUCGUGGAGAUCGUUUCUAUCGGAGGGUUCGAAUCGGGACCAUAAAGUGUCAAAUGUUUUUGGGUCUAACUCCGUUGACAUUUUAGAGCUCAAGUUCCGUCGAGUAAUUGUUAUGAUUGGGGGAUUGGAUCCUUUACAAGACUAG